AUGUUCCCUCCUCCCCCAGCAGCCCUCGACUGGAACGACAUUGGCUUCAAAGUGCGCGAUGUCAACGGCCAUGUCGAAUGCCACUACUCAACAUCCGGCAACGGCCAAUGGUCGACCCCACGCUUCGUGCACUCGCCCUACCUCUCCAUCCACGGCAUGGCCCCCGGUCUAAACUACGGCCAACAAGUCUACGAAGGCCUUAAAGCAUUCCGCCACGCAGAAAAUAGCAAAAUCACCAUUUUCCGACCGGACCGCAACGCAAAGCGCAUGCAGAAAUCCGCCGAAGUUGUCUCGAUCCCGCCCGUUCCCGAGGAUCUCUUCCUCGAUUGUGUGCGACUGGCUGUUGGUGGGAAUGCCGAGUUUGUUCCCCCGUUUGAGUCUGGUGCGGCGAUGUAUGUCCGACCAUUGUUGUUUGGGUCUUCGGCGCAGUUGGGGUUGAGUCCGCCUGAUGGGUAUACGUUGGUUGUGUUUGUGAUGCCGACCGGUGUUUAUCAUGGGGCUAGUGCUGUGGAUGCGUUGAUUUUGGAGGAUUUCGAUCGUUCGGCGCCGUUUGGAACGGGGAAUGCUAAGGUGGGAGGUAAUUAUGCUCCUGUGCUGCGACACAGUGAUCGUGCUCGUCAGGAGGGAUUCGGUAUUACCUUGCAUCUGGACAGUGCGACACGGAGCGAGAUUGACGAGUUUUCUACCUCUGCUUUCAUCGGUGUGAAGCGUGAUGGGGAUAAUAUCACCGUCGUGCUGCCGGAUAGUCGCAACGCUAUUGAUUCGGUUACGGCUUCCUCGGUCGCUGAUAUCGCCCUUUAUCUCGGCUACAAGGUUGAGAAACGCCGAGUUGGAUAUGAGGAAUUGAGCUCCUUCGAUGAGGUCGUUGCUGCAGGCACGGCAGCUGCACUGGUACCGGUGCGAAGCAUUACGAUGCGUUCCAAGAAUGACAAGUUCGAGUAUCGCUGCGGAGACCAGGCACAGGGUGGCGAGGUCUGUGUUAAGCUUCUCAAGACCCUGCGGGGCAUUCAGUCUGGAUCUAUUGAGGACUCAAUGGGCUGGAACUACGAAGUGACUGCUCCUCCAAAGGAAUGGAUUGAAGAGGGUUCAGCCGAGAAGGUUGACCAGAGUGGAUCUACGGUGCCAUGA